GCAAACACAACGGUUGGGCACUAUUUGUUGGUCUUGAUUAGACUAACUGACAGAGAACCAACCGCCGCAUUCCAACGGUUAUAAGCAGUAGCUUGGCCGUUGCAUUGACCUCGUCACCAGUCUCGUAUUGUACUCGCGUUAAUCUCACAGUAAUUUCACAGCAGCAGUCGACUGUCUUCUUAGCAGCAGUGCCCCCCAUUUGCUUGUUUCUUUGUUUUUAAAUACACCCCGACUUGUAUGAAUAUGUGAACCACAGGUCUGUGCAGAAAAGAAACUGCGACCAAAGCGUUUUUUAUUAGCCUUCAGGGGCAGUUAAGAAGAUAUAGCCCCUGUGUCUAUCCUCUGUUUGCCAUUUGUGUAAAUGCAAUCGACAGAUUCCACACGACGAGAUGUGCAGAUUGUAGCGACACCGAGCUGUUACUAUGUUUUUAAUAACACCGUGUAUACAUACAAACAUCACCACCCGAGUCGUUUAAAACAUUACAAUCACAUCCAGGGUGACGGCGUAAUUAAAUGAGCAGCGGAAACAGAAAUCAUUUUGUAGCGAAAGUGCGGCUGGCGUCGGCGGUGGACGAGCCUGGCGGUGUAUUGUGGAAGAGACAGAAGCUACAGACCAGAGGCACACAAUAUGUGUUGGCUCUCGCCGAAAAGGAGGCAGUAUUCUUCAAGCUAAAUCAUGUAAUGUAAGCGGCGAAAGGAAAGCGAUUUCGUCUUUUCGUCAAUUAAAGGAAAAACGACUCGAUCGGACGAAUAAUGUCCAAGCCAGGGGAGAAAAACAGAUUGAACGAGGACCAUGGCAGAAAGCAGAGUUCAAGUCUGGCGAACGGCAUGGACAGUCAUCCCGUCUGCGGCUCGGCGGAGAAGCGGAGUCACCACUGGAGAAGUUACAAGUUGAUUAUCGACCCGGCGCUGAAGAAGGGAUCCCACAAACUCUACCGCUACGAUGGGCUGACUUUCAACAUGCCCAACCCCGGGAUAUCCCCGGUGGACAUGGUCCGAGACCCGAGGAUCGGUCGGCUCUGGACUAAGUACAAAGAGACGGACCUACCGGUGCCGACAUUUAAGAUCGAUGAGUGUUACAUCGGCCCCGUGCCUCCAAAGGAGGUGACAUUCGCCCGGCUUAACGACAACAUCAGGGAAGGAUUUCUUAACGACAUGUGCAAGAAAUUCGGAGAAAUCGAGCAGGUUGAGAUCUUGUACAAUCCGAAGAACAAAAAGCAUCUGGGGAUUGCCAAAGUUGUUUUUGAGAACGUGAAAGCCGCCAAAGUGGCCGUGCAGUCGCUUCACAAGACAUCUGUUAUGGGAAACUUCAUCCACGUGGAGCUGGACCCGAAAGGUGAGAAUCGCCUCAGGUACUUCCAGCUCCUGAUGAAUGGCAGCUACACUCCGCAGACCCUGCCUGUUGGUGGAGAGGAGGCAAGGGAAGUUUCCCCUCGUAGCCUGGCAGAAGCCCUACUGGCCUGCGAGCCCAUCCGCAGGUUGUCGGAGGGCAGUGCGUCUUCUGUUGCAGGAACAUUGCCUCCCAGCAGCUCCACCACCCCUCUGUCCCUGGAGACGGGCUACUCCAGCCUAAGGCAGGACACGCCCCAGUCCCAGGGAACCCCUCAUACCCCGCGGCAGACAGGAACGCCCUUCUCUCAAGACUCCAACUUCUCCAGCCGGCAGUCCACGCCGGCGUACCAGUCCAGCCGGGCCGAGAGCUCCGGAAGUUACAAAUCUCGCAGACACGAGAGCAAAUUCCAGGAUGCGUACAACCGCAGACCAGAGAGGCCUCAGUACCGCAGCAACAUGUACAGAAGCACGACGUCCGAGCAGGCUCCCUUCAAACAGCACCAGCUCACCCCGCCUGAACCUCCACCAACCACCCCCUCCUUCACCUACACAGCGCCUCCCCCUGCUACGCCCAACUUCAAGUCCGCCUUCUCGCCCUACCAGGCUCCUUUGCCCCCGGCGUUCCCCCCGUCAGAGCCCGCUUACCCUCACCCGGCACAAAGGGAGGGUGAAUACCUCCGGCCCCCUCAGCCGCCUCUGGCCGCUGCCACUGACUUUUUGCCCGUCAAGGAGAGACCAGAAACUCCUCCGAUCCCAGAGCCUCCGCCGGAGCCUACGCCCCAUCCGACCACCCCUCCUCCUCAAACGCCAGAGCACUGUCCCUCACCCGGCUCCCCCACGCUCGAUCCAGAACGCAAUAGUCUGGAUUCCCGCAUUGAGAUGCUCCUCAAAGAGAAACGGACAAAACUGCUGCCGUUCCUUGAGGAGCGAGACUCGGACACUGAGGUGCGUAUGGAGGGAAGUCCGAUUUCCUCCUCGUCCUCUCAGCUAUCCCCAAUUCCCCCGUACACGAGUGGCUCCCAAGGUGGCCGGCAAAACUCCCGUCCCUCUAGUACAGGCUUGGAGGACAUCAGUCCGACCCCACUGCCAGACUCGGAAGAUGAAGAACCUAUUCCGGGAACUGCCUCCCUGAUCAAGAGAAUCAGUUCUCCUGUCCAGGAGAAGAUCAGCAACAAUGACCUCAAAGAUGGACAUUUUCGAGGCCAAACUCCUACUGAUAAAAUGGAAAUGGAAAUGGGUCAUCAGUCGUCAGGCGAGGACAUGGAAAUCUCCGACGACGAGAUGCCCGGGACUCCAACCAGCGGUGGAGAAUGUGGCAAGGGCAUCGUCAUAAACUCUGCGGUGUCGCCGAUGCAGACCAUCUCCAUCCCUCCUCCCGGCUUCGCUCCCCUCCAGCACCAGGCCAGCUUCCAGAUCUCCCAUCACCACAUGGCCGCUCACUCUGCCGUCCCGGGACACCCUCACCUGGCCGGUCACCCUGGAGUGCCUCAUCAUAUGCUGGCACCCAUGGGCCCCUAUCCUCACAGCAUGAUGCCACUGGUGCAAAUGGAGCUGAUGAGCUGCUUGGGGUGGGAACAGUGGAGCACCGUCCCCAUGUCCUUCCAGAUGCAGCAGCAGAUGCUGAGUCGCAUGGCUCAGACCAGAGGUCCCUAUGCUUAUCCACACUUUAUAGACAGCGCUGCGUCGGGGCCGUAUGGGGCGCCCUACCAGCCUCUGACUAUGGGAGUUACACCUGCUGCCAGCGCAGCAGCACCCGGACAACAAUGGCAGAAUCCCAGUAUACCAAAGUUCAACCCUACUGUUCCUCCCCCUGGAUAUGAGACUAAAAAGGAGGAUCCCCACAAGGCCACUGUUGACGGUGUACUGCUGGUCAUUGUCAAGGAGCUGAAGGCCAUCAUGAAGAGGGACCUCAACCGCAAAAUGGUGGAGGUGGUGGCUUUCAGAGCCUUUGAUGACUGGUGGGAGAAGAAGGAACACUCAGCAAAGGUUUCUUUGACUCCAGUGAAGGGUGCCGAGGGGAAGGAAGAAGAAAAACCCAAACCCAAAGAGACGAUGGGUUCAAGUCUGCUGGAGAACUGGAACAAGGGCGAGGGGCUGGGCUACGAGGGGAUGGGCCUGGGAAUCAGUCUACGAGGGGCCAUCCGCCUGCCCUCCUUCAAGGUGAAAAGGAAAGACCCGCCUGAGGCUGCAACAGCAGGGGACAACAAACGAGCCCGACCCUCCACUCCAGUGGAUGACGAGCUGGAGGAUGAAGACCGGGAUCGAGACCCGGCAGAGCUCCCGUUGGACGAUUCAAAAAUGGACGCCGACAGUGCAUCAGCGAAGCGACGGCACUCGCGGCCGCUUGAACUGGACAGCGAGGGGGAGGAGGAGGUGGACACUUCAGGAAAGGAAGAGGAGUCGUUGUCGGACAGGGAGGAGGAGCCUGAUAAAACACAUGCCACAGAUAGACUGUCAUCAGGCAAAGAGAGUGGCGAUGAGGAGGGUGAUGAUGAAGACUCAUCCAGUGAGAGCGCCUCCUCAGAUUCGUCCGAUGAAGAAGGGGAGAGCUCAGCUUCCUCCAAAGCCAGCUCAGACUCCUCGGCGGAAAGCGCCGACUCCUCUGAGUACGAGUUAAGCUCGGAAGAGGAAGAGGAUGAGGAAGAAGAAGAAGAGGAGGAGGAGGCGGCGGUGGCAGCCCAAGGUGUGGAGGCUGAAGGCAAAGGGGCAGAGACCUCCUCGUCCUCUUCAUCUUCAUCAAUUUCCUCUUCUGAUGAAGAGGAAGGGAAGGCAGAGACCAAGGCACCGGGCCCAGAGGCUAAGGAGGACCAGAAGAGCAGCAAGGAGCUAAGCAUUAAACCCAAACGCAGACCUCCUAGUCCUGAGGCGGAGGUGACGGAGGACGUGAAGCCUCCUUCACCCAAAGGCAUCUCAGUCAAAGAGCGAGACAUCAGUGUAGACGCUAACAUUCCUGCAGUGAAGGAGCACGUAGCAAACCUCCGGCCGCCCACUCCCACAGGCGCCCACCCCGACAGCGACCAGGAGACAAAAGCCAAAGGUAAAGCAGAGCCCGAGGAAGUCCCCUACCCCGGUCGCUUGGCCCCACCCCCCGUAAAUGCGAACACACCUGUCCCCAAAUCUGCCUCCGCAUCGUUAAUGCACCUCCCUCUCCCUCCCCACCCGGCAGUAGAAGGUCGAUCCCUCCUCCAUCCGCCCCCUGGUCCCCUGCCCGACCUCCCUCAGCGGCCCAGGCUCCCCACGGACGAGGACAUCCCCCGCACGCCGGGCAGGGACCUGAUGGAGCGUGCCCGAAGUCUGGGCAAGUCCCAGAGCACGGACACUGUGCCCAUCACGCCGGGUAGUGACGGGGGUGGCCUGUUGCUCAGCUCCCCUCACAUCCCCGGCAGCCCCUUUUCCUACCCUGCACAAUCCCCUGUCCUUAGUGCUGGAGUCCCCCGCACUCCAGGCAGAGACUUAACCUUCACCCCUGUCUUCCCCGACCCCACAGCACUGACUCUUAAUAGGAAAAUAUCCACUGAGAGCCUGGAUGAGAGACCCGUUUUUAAGGAGCCACCCAUCAGCGCUCUGCCUCACCAGGCCCCGUCAGCUGGAGCAGAGCAUUCAGCCAGUGUCCCUGAAGAUCUGCCCACUGGUCUCACUGUAGACGUCCCUGUGCCAUCAGAUACUGCCCACUCGAAGAGGAAACCUGGACGACCCAAAGGCAAAAAGCCUCCGUCUGUCUGUGCGGCUGAUGAGUCUUUGGAGCUCUCAUCUGAGUCCACCCUUCUGCCUCACGACGGACAUCUCGGCGAUCUAUCCGCGCAAACAAUCUCCGCCAAGUCCCCCCACCACCCGAGCCUGGACUUCAGGGAAGGAGAGGUGAAGCAAGAGACGGUGCUACCCGACGAGGACGGCUUCCUGUCCUUCGAAGAAGAGGCGCCUGUGACCGUGAAGCCUCCACGGAGGGCGCGGCGAGGCUGGGAGGAGCUGCUGCUGGGCGGCCUGUCACCCGUCACCUCGCCUCCCCGGCCGUACUUUAAGUCACGCUCUGAGUUCGAGGAGAUGACCAUCCUGUACGACAUCUGGAACGAAGGCAUAGAUGACGAAGACAUACGGCUUCUGCAGAUCACUUAUGACAAGAUGCUCCAGCAGGAUAACGGCAACGACUGGCUCAACGACACGCUCUGGGUCAACCAUCCUCCUACCAACAUCCCGAGAGUGAAGAAAAAGAGAAGAGACGACGGCAUGAGAGAUCACAUGACUGGCUGCGCGCGAAGCGAAGGAUACUACAAGAUCGACAAGAAGGACAAGAUCAAGUACCUUCAGAGCACAAAGCUGCAGUCGGAGGAGCCGCCGGUCGACACGCAGGGUAUGAGUAUUCCUGCACAGGUCCACGCCUCUACCAGAGCCGGCUCGGAGCGGCGAUCGGAGCAGCGACGUUUGUUGUCCUCGUUCGCGUGCGACAGUGACCUGCUGAAGUUCAACCAGCUGAAGUUCCGUAAGAAAAGGAUCAGAUUCUGCAAGUCGCACAUCCACGACUGGGGUCUGUUUGCUAUGGAGCCCAUCGCCGCUGAUGAAAUGGUGAUAGAGUACGUGGGACAAAACAUCAGACAGGUGAUCGCCGACAUGCGGGAGAAGCGCUACGAGGAGGAGGGCAUCGGUAGCAGCUACAUGUUCCGCGUGGACCACGACACCAUCAUAGACGCUACGAAGUGUGGCAACUUCGCCCGUUUCAUCAACCACAGCUGCAAUCCCAACUGUUAUGCGAAGGUCAUCACAGUGGAGUCUCAGAAGAAGAUUGUGAUUUACUCCAGACAGCCCAUUAACGUCAACGAGGAGAUCACCUACGACUACAAGUUCCCCAUCGAGGAUGAGAAGAUCCCCUGUUUGUGUGGGGCGGAGAACUGUAGGGGAACGCUGAAUUAACGUUCCACGAGAGGUCAAGUGCUGUCCUUAAAUUUCAUUCAAGUUUUCCAGACCCGCACAUGUUGAGACUCUGGACGAGGAGGAUCUGAAGAGGGAAGGUCUCAUUUUUUUUUUUUUUUUUGAUCGAGGAGAAGAAAGCUGCAAGUGGUCUGUACGGCCCUCGUCACACAUUCAACUCUAGAUUGUUUACGAUUUAUGGUGCUCUUGAAAUAAAAAACGCAUCGUUUUUUAUGUCUGCCAGUGACCCAGGACUUACUAAAACACUUGACUUGCUGAUGCAGCAUUUCAUCCUCUCAACUGGGACAGUAUUUCAGCAUAGCUCCUUCCACACCCUCUCCUGGUUUGUACAGUUUUACACUUAAAAAAAAGUUUCAUAAGCUUUACAUACAAAAGAAACAACACAUGUUCAGCUGCUUACUAACACUGCUGAGACGCACAAGCCCACCAGGAAAACUCGCCUCUCUGUGGGAGAAGACGUGGUCGGGCAUCUGAGCAGAAGGGAUGACGGCCGAGUGUCGCAGCCCGACGGUCCUGCUUUCUCGCUCCUACCUCCUCUGCACUGGUUUUGUUGGACGUAAAUCAGACCGAUGAGAAAAAAAUCCAUGCAUCACAAAUGGUUAAAUCCUGCCACAAAAUCUGGAAUAUUUGAAUAUCAUGCCUGCUUUCACCAGCCAAUGAUGGAUCAUGCUGCUUCCCAUUAGUUUAUGCAAAAAAGUUAAAGAUGACGUGCAAAAUUUGUAUUACUGAUAGUCCAGUGUUUUCCAGUUUUGUUGAGGUAGUUCUCCUCUUUUUUGUUUCGUCAAAGACACUAUCCACUGUGUGUGUUUGUGUGUGUGUGUGUGUGUGUGUGUGUGUGUGUGUGUGUGUGUGUGUGUGUGUGUGUGUGUGUGUGUGUGUGUGUGUGUGUGUGUGUGUGUGUGUGUGCGCUUGUGUGAGAGAAUGUGAGUGCACUGCCCCCUGUAGGCCACAGCGUAGUAUGCCGCCCAGUCAUGAAGGGCAAGAAAAUUAAUAUGUAAUCAGUUCCUCUCCACAUGCACUGGGCAGCAUUUGAAAAGACUUCUUAAACAAAGUUUUCAGCUUAUGAAGAAAUAAUAUUUCCUUAUUUUAAGUGCCAUAUGAAUGUGUAACUGUCUUUGUUUAACUUGAGCGGGCCGGUGACGGACGUAGAAGUCUUUUUUUGUCACCUCGGGCUUUGUUAACAUGCAUGUGCAAAGAAUUGCUGCCUAUUUUCUUUCACCGCUGUGGGUGUUUGCCGAUGAUGUUUCAGAUUCCUUCAUCUGUAUCGGAAUGACCGUCUCAUGUUUGUGUCCUCUUCAACUAUAACACUUAUUACUCUACCAGUGUUCAAUGUUUCCUGCGAAACAGAAGUGUUUCUGCAACCCAGCAGCCCUCCUGCAAGGGUUGUUCUUUCUUUAUAAUGUCAUUAAGAAAAAAAACUUGUAAAUGCACUCGAGGCUUGCACUUCUGCUUUACGCCCCCCCUCUCAUCCAAUCGUAUCCCCCCUUCAAGACCAAGUCAGUCACUGCUUUUCAUUCAGUUGGAUCGAUUAAGGAGAUUAAGGAGAUUUUCUUUUUUUUUCACCAGUGAUGUUUAUAUUGUAUAUGAAAACUUGUACAGAAGAUCUAAACCUUUUUUUUUUAUCUUCACAGGGGCAACACUUUUAAGAUGCAUCUUUCUCUCAUUUUUUUUAACAAAAGACUGAGUAUUUAAAAGUAUUUCAGGGAUCUGUAAAAGGAAUCUGAGGGUUUAAAAGGGUUGUUUAUUUAAAGAAAAAGGCCCACUGUGUACAGGAAAAAUCUCCACCUCCCUUUUUGAAAGAUUGUUUCUUGUAGAAACGUCUUGAUUUUCUGCCCAUUUGCUUUGUAAUCCUAAAAUGUGUACAUACAGUUACUGUGAAUACUAUAUAAAAAUAUAUAUAUAUUUUUGUUCCCCGGGGAUUUGCUACUUGAACACCGCUCAGAGUUCUAUGUAACAUAUGAGGUGAGCGAUGAGCUGGUAGCAGGAAAUUCAGCUUGUGUCAAGCUUUGUUUUUUUUUUUUUUUUUUUUUUUCUGUUGUAAAUUCUAUGAAAAGUUGUUUGCGGUGUGGAGAAAAAAUGAAAAAGGUGCAGAAUCGGCAUGGGAAGAGGAUUGAAGCAUCAGCCUGUUUCUCAUGUCUAUUUAUUACACAACAAAUGUAUGAAAAAGGAAAAAAUGGAAAUAAAGCAAUU